AUUGUAAUUGGGUGGAGUGUACCUAGAGCAUCCAAUCAGGGCUACCACGGGAAGGAUGGCGACCUCAAACAAGUUCUCUCUCCUGCUGAUGGUGGUGGUCGCUCUGGCUGUUAGCCGAACAGGUGCUGGCACACAUUCACUGCGUUAUUUCCACACUGCCCUGUCACGGCCGGGCCGUGGGGAGCCUCAAUAUAUUUCUGUCGGCUAUGUGGAUGACAAGCUGUUUCAGCGCUGUGAUAGCGUUGAGGAGAUUCCGAGGAUGGAGGCCCGUGCACCUUGGAUGGAGAAGGAAGGACCAGAGUAUUGGGAGGAGCUGAAACUCAAAGUAAAAAGCAUUGCACAAAGAGCCAGAGCAAGACUUCGGACCUUGAUCCGCUACUACAACCAGAGUGAAGGCAGUUCUCACAUCCUGCAGUGGAUGGUUGCCUGCGAGGUGGGGCCAGACAUGAGACUUCUUGGAGCACACUAUCAGGCUGCAUAUGACGGCUCGGAUUACAUCACCCUGAAUGAGGACCUGAGCUCCUGGACUGCAGCAGACAUGGUGGCUCAGAUCACGAAGAGCGAGUUAGAGUCAGAAGGUAGAGCAGAAUACUUCAGAGCCUAUGUGGAUGGAGAGUGCCUGGAGCUGCUCCAUAGAUUCCUGCAGAAUGGAAAAGAGAUUCUUCAGAGAGCAGAUCCCCCAAAGGCACAUGUGACCCUUCACCCAAGACCUGAAGGUGAUGUCACCCUGAGGUGUUGGGCCCUGGGCUUCUACCCUGCUGACAUCACCCUAACCUGGCAGUUGAAUGGGGAGGACCUGACCCAGGACAUGGAGCUUGUGGAGACCAAGCCUUCAGGGGAUGGAACCUUCCAGAAGUGGGCAUCUGUGGUGGUGCCUUCUGGAGAGGAGCAGAAAUACACAUGCCAUGUGGAGCAUGAGGGGCUGCCUGAGCCUCUUGUCCUGAAAUGGGGAGGAUCGUCUCAGUCCUUUGUCGUCAUCAUGGUCAUCAUAGUAAUCAUUGUUAUUCUGGCUCUCCUGGGAGGUGUGCUCACUGUUGUUUUGGUGUACAGGAGGAGGGGUGCAGGUAAGCAAAAGGGUAGCCUGAGUUAUCUUCCUCACUUGUGGACUUCAGGUCUUAGGUGGAAUUGGCCCUGCCUUUUCUGUAGGAAGACCUUUGACCCACCACCUCAAAUGACACAAUGGUUUAUUUUACUUAAUCAUUGUAUUUUAUUGUGUAUUUAUGAGUGUAUGAUAUAGGUACUUGUGUGUAUAAUGUAGUUAUGUGUUCAGUGCAUGUAUGUAUGUGUGUAUAUGUAUGUUUGUGUGUGUACAUGUGUACAUGUGUGUAUGUGUGUGUGCUUGUGUGUAUGUUUGUGUGUGUAUGUGUAUAUAUGUGGGUGUAUGUGUGUGUUUACGUGUAUGUAUGUGUAAGCUAGAGGUCAAUACUGUGUCUUCCUCUAUCCUUUCUGACUUUUCUUGAGAUGGGAUCUUACUAAUUUGAUUAGAACAGCUAGCCAAAAAAACUCCAGGGAUUCUCCUAUUUCUGUUUCCCUGCACUGAGAUUAUAGAUGAUAGAUGUGAAUCAACCAGUUGCAGACAGACUGGAUAUACACACAGUUUAAACAGUUUACAUCUAAAUCCAAAAUAAUUUAAUCUUAAAAGAUCAAAAUUCUGGGGACUAUUUUUUGACUCAUGUAAAGACCUUCAGUUACACUUUGAAGAGGCGUUUACUUAAGGUGUGUAAAGUAUCACAGGGGCCACUUUAUCCCAUAAAAUAGCAUAUACAUUUGCAUCCACAAGCACUUAGGUGCACUAAUGAAAGUCACACUGAUGUAGCGUUGUGAGCAACGUCAACUAGGAAGCAGUAUCACAAACAAACGCUCACCUUGCCUGAGUCUCUGUGGUGACAGUCUACUAUGCAGGGGGCCAUGUGAAAGAAAAGCUGUAAUCAGAGUGGAAGCUCCCUGCUGAGAACAGAGUCCAGAAGGCUUUAUUAUACUUCCUGCAUAUCACCAGAUUUUCAAAUCCUUCCCUAAGUCUGCAGUCCUAGUUCUAGUAGCUUCCUUUGGGCCAGGAUUAAGCCUUUUCAUAGAUCUUCACGGCACUGCUGCCUUCCUGGCCCCUUGCUCAUUGCUUUCUUUCCAUAGGGGAAAGAUGAGCAGUUAUACUCAGACUAGUGGGAUACGGUUCCUGAUAUGAAAUAGAGUAGACAGGAGCCAUGGGGCAACACAGCCCGCUCAUCUUGUGGAGUCUGACCAUGUCUUAUUUAUUCUGCUAUAGGCAUGCUCUGAUGCUUCUCUCACCAUUUAGAAAGGUAAGACCUUGCAGGGCCUAACCUGCAGUAUGUGGUAGAACAGAGGAUAGCCUUUUGGGUUAUGGGGACUCUUAAGGGUUGGGACAUUUGAGUUUGGAUCUUAGAGCAUUACCGCUUCCAGAGGAUAGGCUGAAUAUCUUCUGGUUUUUUUUUUCCCCCAGUAUGAAAGCACUGAGUGUGUGGGACUGAGUCUGUUCCCCAUAACCGUGUUACCUCCCUUUUCACCAGUACCACAGUGGAAUCUGGGACUUCUUCAUGCCUUGUGGAACUUUAGUUUUCUAUGAGCGGCUUCUUCCCUGGUCAAAAUAAGAAUGUAUAUAUAACUUUAUUUUUUUUUACCUUCUUGUUAUAAGAAGUUGGUUGUGUUAUUAAAAUUUGUAAAUUUGAAAGGGAAUAAAAGUGAACUUACAAA